UGUGUUGUUACUCGUGCUGCCUCAGGAGAAGCAUUGUUAGAGCUCUGCCUGCCUUUCAGUCUGGAGCUUACAUCAGGGCUGAGCCUUUCAGGUGGCUGUGCUCUGUGCUGUGCUUUCCUGGGGGGAGCUCUGCUGGUGUGGGAUAUAACAGAGCUCUGAGCGGUCCCCUCAAUCCUUCCAACAGAUGUUCCCCAUAAGUCUCUAUGCUGGUAAGUGAUACAGACCCUCAUCCUCCCCACAUCCUUUCAGACCAGCUGCACACUGAAAAUGACCACAGCUCUGUGGCUUCUGUGACCUGUUCCUGCCCUCUCUUCCCUUGAUAACUCUCGCCACCUCCUCACCAAUGUACUGACUCACACUUGUUGCCAUGUUUCUAUUUGGAUCCACAGAAUGCAAAGGGAAGUUUUCUCUUGGUGGCAUACAUACACUUCAAUAUCGAUAUCGGCUCACCCCCACGCUCCUGCUGAAUAGGGAGUAGCAGAGACAACAUACGCAGCUGUAAAGCUUGUCUGCACUGUACCAAUGUGCCCCUAUGAGUGCUGCACCGCCUGAGUGCAUGGCAACAGGAUUAGAAGAUGGCAUAAAUAGAGCCUGCUUCUCUGAAUGUGUUCCAUCCCCUCAAGCCUGUAAGCUUUUUGCAGCUUUGGAAACUGUAUUUAUGAAUGAACAAACACCCGACCCCAGCUUGCCCUGAGAACUUCUCUACUAAUUCAUGAGCCAGCAAGAUGUGGCCGCUGUGCUUUCAGAACGCCUCCUUGUAGCUGCAUACAAAGGCCAAGUGGAUAAUGUGGUGCAGCUUAUCAACAAAGGUGCCAAGGUAGCAGUUACCAAGCAUGGGCGAACUGCAUUGCAUCUUGCAGCCAACAAAGGGCAUGUUAACAUUGUCCAUAUCCUGGUGAAAGCUGGCUGUGAUCUGGAUAUUCAGGAUGAUGGAAACCAGACGGCCUUACAGCGAGCAGCAGUUGUAGGAAACACUGAGGUCCUCGCAUUACUGAUACAAGAAGGCUGUGCCUUGGACAGGCAAGAUAAGGAUGGUAACACUGCUCUGCAUGAAGCAUCCUGGCAUGGAUUCAGCCAGUCUGUCAAAUUGCUUGUUAAAGCAGGUGCUAAUGUGCUCGCCAAAAACAAGGCAGGUAAUACACCUCUGCAUCUGGCCUGCCAGAAUGGUCAUUCCCAAAGCUGCCGGAUUUUAUUGCUUGCAGGAUCUCGGGCAGACUUGAAAAACAAUGCGGGAGAUACCUGUUUACACGUCGCAGCGCGCUACAAUCACCUUUCUGUCAUCAGAAUACUACUCAGUGCUUUCUGCUCAGUCAAUGAAAAAAAUCAGGCUGGCCAUAUUGCUUUGGAUACAGCACGACACCACAAUAACUCAGAUGUGGCUCUUCUACUCACCAAGGCACCGCAGGUUUUGCGCUUUAGCCGUGGGAGAAGCCUUCGGAAGAAGAGAGAGAAACUGAAAGAAGAGCGAAGGGCACAGUCAGUACCAAGAGAAGAACUUGGAGAAAGUAAGGCCAGUAAUUCAGCAGCUGAUGAUACGCACAGUAGUGAACAUGCAGCUUUCAAGCAAUGUGAGGGCAAAGAAGAGCAUCAAACUUCUGCUGCAGGUUCCAAGCAAAAGAAAAGUAGAAAGCCUACUGCAAAAGAAAAGAUUUCUGCUCUCUCAGACCCUACAUCACCAGCAGAUCAGCAGCCAUUGUGUGGUGCCCAGCAGUCCUCUCAUAAUCAUAAGCGAAGGAACAGACAUAGAGGUCCCUCUCCUCCAUUCCGUCCCCAUGAAGCCAGAGCAUACCAACUGUAUACCUUAUACAGAGGCAAAGAUGGCAAAGUAAUGCAGGCCCCUAUCAAUGGCUGUCGGUGUGAGCCACUAUUGAGUAAACUAGAGAAUCAGUUGGAAGCCACCAAAGAAGAGAUAAAAGCAGAGAUUGCUACAGUGCAGGACCAAAUGAAUUCAAAACUGGGACAAAUGGACAACAAAACCCAGCACCAGCUGCGAGUUCUAGACAAACUUAUGUUGGAGAGGAUGUCGGCAGAGAGAGCAGAAUGUGUCUGUCGCCUACAACAACAUAUGGAUGUACAGAAAAAUGAAGCCCAGAAACGACAGGUAUCUGUUGUAAAUGAACUUAAAACUUGGUGCAUACUAAAAAUUCAGAAUCUGGAGAUGAGGUUUUCUGGUGAGUCCAAGACAGUGAAGGCUAAAUCUAUUCCUUCUACUUGUGAAUCCACUGAUCAGCCCAAUUCAGAGAGUCCCAGCAGCACCAAGGAAUGUUAUAGUACAGAAACAAUAACCCUUCCACAGUCUUCUGCACUGCAUUCCUGUGUCACAUUUCAGAGCAGCUUGCCUGAUGAACCAGGAAGAACUGACACAUUCCAUUCAGAAGAAAGCAACAGAAAGCAGCAGUUGCCACCCCAGCAAGAGCUGAAUCUCUGUCCAUCCCCAGACCAGAUGCCAGCUGCCCCUCCAGCAGUGAGGCCUAAGGAAAAAGCAAGUGCCCACUCUGCCUUAAGAACACAGCAAGGCCAGAAUUCAUGUGAUAAUCUUAGUUCCAGGCCUCGACAAGCAAAAAUUUCAUCCAUUUCCAAGACCUCAGCAAAACCUAAUAAAACGGAAAAACAGUACAUCAAUCUCAUGGACCAAGGGAUUCAGACAAGUAAGUGUGCAAAAGUUGUUCAUGGAAAGCAGAGAGGACAGAUGUCUGAGCCCCAAAAUCAACCACAGCAUGCUCUCCCACAGAUAAAGGAAAAGUCACAAGCAUUGGAAAUCACUCAAUAUUUCUUUGAGGCAGUUUCCACUCAAAUGGAAAAAUGGUAUGAGAGAAAGAUAGAAGAAGCCAAGUCUCAAGUGAAUCUGAAAGCAGAGGAGGAUAAAGCAGCCUUGCAGCAGCAUAUUGACAGUUUAGAGGAAGAACUAAGGAAACUGCGGACUAAACUUCAGAAAGAGAGCUAGCAUCAACUGUUUACUGGAUGUAUUCUGAUCAUACAUGAACUUUAGUAACCAAGUGUAUUAUACUAAAGCAUUACCCCAGUUAUUGUAAAUAAUUCCCUUUGGCUCUCUGCAUACUGGCCAUACCUCCACUUCUGUCAUAUAAACAAUUGUGUUACGUGGUGUAACCGAAUCAGCUGAAACAAAAGACACUUUGAUUUAACAAGCAUGCAAUGCGCUGCUUGGGUUCAACUUUUGUGAAAAAAUACUAACUGGUGAUUCUAGAGCUACUAAAUAUAGUAUAAAUCAAGAGACACAGUAAUGAAUGAACGAGAGAACAAUAUGCAAAAAUGAAUCUAUACAAUCCUUCAGAAUGUGUUUGCAUGGAAUCAGUUUAGAAACAAUAGUAUGCCUCUUGAUGUUGAUUGGACAACUGGGAUAAUUUGUUUUCUUUGUAUUGUUGUUUGACUUUCAACAACUUUUUUCAAGUGCCAUGGAAUCAUCUUGUUGCCUAUUCUAGACAUAUAAGACAAGCAUUUAUAAAAAAGGAACAUAUGUAACCAUAUAGCUGCUUAUUGUCAAUGUCAUUACUUAUGCCACACAUAAGCAAGUUGGUGUCCAUCGGGUCUUUCUGACCUACAAUUCUUACCACCCCAUUGAGAAAAGGUUGUAAUUGUAGCUGGAAACUUACGGAUCCGUAGAUCCAACGAGUACCAAUUACAGGCUUAUGUUCAACAGUGAAUGCUAUGUAGAUAAUUCCAGUGUGUGCUUUUGUUUCAGUAUCUGAUACAUUCCUCAUAUUGACUGAUAUUUUUAUUUUACUGGAUAUAAAAAUAUAGGCAUGAAUAUUUGUGAAUAAACAUGCCAGGUCUGAUUUGCUAACAUAGGUGCUAAUGUGCACAACUACACUUAGGGGCACAUUAACUAAGGGUCUUUACUAAGGGUCGAAUAUCGUGGGUGAAUUAACCCUCA